CGUCGCUCCCGGGGACGCGCGGCGGAUGUGAGCAGACCGCCGCAUCAGUCCAUCCGCGCAGGGUUCAAGUCACAGGAGGCGCAGUUUGGUCAAAGCCGAGCCAGAGACAAGUGGCUGGUUCAUUCUCCACAGAGGAUUAAACGACGAUCAGUGGAGGAGAGACUCGGGUCCAGACAACGAGAAUGUGCGGUGUGGAUGUGGACCUGGAUGAUGAAGGCUCAGCUGAGGAGGAGAAGGAGGAGGAGUUCUGGGUCGGGGAUGCGGUGAACAUCCUGCCGCCACCCGUGGCCCACAGCGACGGCAGCGCGUGGGGCAGCCGGCGGGGCUCGUGUGGCUUUGUGGCCUGCGGGGCGGCCCUCCUGCUCUGGAACCUGUGCGUGGUCUCAGCCAGUGCUCUGCUGCUGGCUGUGGUCUUCUCUGUGGUGCUGCUGCCUGCAGCCCUGCUGCUCUACGUUGGUUUCCUCUGCCACUCCAGGGUCCUCGAUUCUCCCUCAGCUAUCUGCCGCUACCUCGAUGACAACAGCUGCUCCGCCCUCAUCAUCCUGGGCUUUGUGAUGAUGUCGCCCCUCGUAGUGGUGGCAGCGGCGGUCUUCUGUGGGCUCCUGAGAAAGUUUCGCCUCCUUCUGUUCAUUCAGCCGAUCUCCAGGGCCCGGUACAGAGGGAGGCUGCUCGACUGGGUGGGCGACGUCCACGCCUGGGUGUGAGGCGAGGGCUUCAGGGUUCACAAGGCUGGGAGGAGAGGGAGAGGUAGAAAGGUAAAAAAAAAGGGUGAUCCAGAGGACCCAAUAAAACAUUCAGUUGGAAGCUUAAACAAAACGGUGAUUAGAAAAUUCUGCUCUAACUGGGCAAUCAGUUCUUUUAUUUCUAUUUGUAUUAACUUUUUAUGUUAUUUUGCAGUGUUUUUGCCUGUGAAGCAAACUUUAAAUGGCUGUACAAUUUGGCAUUGUGGCUGAAAGGAGCUCUAUCCAAGGGUAGCUGUAUGGUUAGGGAUGGUAAACCCUGCUAAAAAUGUAAAAUAAGCUGUUAGUGUAUCAAUUACAAGCUAGAAAUCUCCAUCAAAGUCUGCCUCUAAAUUACAAUAGUUUAGUCCUAUUUCUAAAAAAACAAAAAGAACACAUACAUAAAUAUGAUUAUAUGAAAUAAAUGUGUAACCUACCUGUUAUGUGAAAAUGUUUUGGCUCCAGAAACGGUGAUUACAAGCCAAACAAGGCAUUUACUUGUUGAUGCCUUGCAGCUGCUGCCAAGUGUGCAGCGAUAUGAGUUUUUGUUGGAUCGUUCGCUAACAUCCGGACCCGAUUCCUCUUUUUUUAACCUGAAAUUGUCCAAGGGGUUCUAAAGCCAGACUUUCGCUGUGACGUGAAAUUCAUGCGUACGUCAUUGGGACUGAGUGGUGCAUGAUUGUUGAGUGGAAGGAGAAUGAUGCCUGCUUUCAAAAUGAUUUUUGCAAAUAAAAAUCUGAAAAGUGUAGCAAACAAAAUAGCUCAAGCUCAGUCCGAUUGGAUGGAAAGUGUCCGUCAACAUACAUUUUUCAGUCUUGCCGCCGAUUCUGAAUUAGAUUAAGAUUUGGACUUUGACUAGGCCAUUCUAGCACAUGGAUGUGCUUUGAUCCAAACCGGUUGCUUCAUCUGCUCUCUGAAUUUUGAAUACUUAUUUUAUUAAGGUGUUUUCUUCCCAUUGGUUUUAGCUUUUAUUUAUGUGUGUCUUGUGCUCAAAGUGUUUAGAUUCUGCUUUAAAGGAGCAAUGAGUGAAAGUUCCUUAUUUUAGAUAGACAAACUAAAAAAUAGUUUUGUGAUGAACUAAAGGUAUCUUGUUAGAUGGACCAUGGUAUGACAUUAUACACCAUCUCUCCGUGUUGUUCUCCAAUCUCUGGUUUACAUUGCCGGGCCGGCAGCACGUGCGUGCACGCGAACAGCUGCCACUCAGGGCUUACCCACUCCCUGCGUAUUUAAAUGCCACCGCCAGGCACAAAAUGGCGGAGAGCACGCCCAUCGGACCAAAACGUUCUCUCGCUAACAGCAUUAUAAAGUUAUGAGUUACUUACUUCUUCACUAGACAUGUUCCUCUGAGAGGUGAUGCUGUUCAGUUGUGAUUUCAUCCUUUGCAAAUAUGUGCAGACGAGGCGAUGAGUGAGAGGAUCGUUGCAGCUGGAGCAAGGUAGACAGAGGCGUGACUUGAUACACGUCUUGUUUUGGGCUACAGACAGUGCUCAAGCCCAACCUCCGGGUGAAAAAUAGGUUAUUGCUCCUUUAAGUUACUCUUUUUUGGUUCUGUGUUUGUUACCUUUUUUUGCAUUCUGUUAGUCAGACUCUCAUUACACUGAUCGCCUCCCCAGCAGCUAUAAGCCUUUUAAUUUCCUUCACUUUAUGUCAGACCCUCUGGGUCUCCAGUCGUUUAGGCAUUUGAUUCAUGUGUGCCGGCCAUCUAAAAAACUAGGCAUGAUUUUUACUUUGUGAAGUUGGAUUUACCCUCCUCUGCAGAAACAUGACACACCUGUCCUCCUACCCGAGCCUGGAUCAAACUCCUUCACAGACCCUCACACUCACAUCCCUCUCCCCAUCCACUACUGCUUACCUGUCACUGCUGAAUAAGUAGCUUCCCACAGCAUGAUGCUGCCACCACCAUGUGUCACAAUGGGAACGGUGCGUUCAGGGGGAUGUUUAGUGUAGCUUAAGCUUCCACCGCUGACCAGAUGGUCCAAUUUUGUUCUCAUCUGACCAGAGCACCUCAGUGUGUCCGUCACAGAACAGCCUUUUUUGUAUUGUAUUUGUUUCUUAUUAAAAGUAUUUUUCAAGGCGCUGAAUUACACCAAAUUUGUCUUAAAUUAAAAAAUAUUUAGAAAAAAGUGAAACAAAAAUAUGUUUCUGACCUUUUCCAGCUUCCACAGGGAUUUUGAAACAAUUCUUUUCAUGUCAAAUCAGUCCAACAAACCUUUCUACAUAAUCGUAUAUGUAGCAGAAUAAAAUCAUGUUUAUCUGAAGGUAUCUUUGCAGCUUUCCCAGGUACUUUAGCUGGUUUGUGCAAGGGCAAAGCCAUGUUUAUUUUGAACCUUUAGGACAAAGUGCUCUGUCCAUUCAUUCAUUUUUUUCCCCUUACCGUUCUGAUAAAUUACAUAAUGAACAUUGUUUACAUUGAUUUUGAUACCUCUGUACAUGUUAAGUCAUUGUGUGAUUUAUUAAAAACCAGGAAUGUUUGUAAGUUUACUGCAGCAGCUCCUACAUAAGUAGGAGAAACAACUCGCUUACAGACAGAUUUAAUUAAAUAUCCGUCACUUAUUACAUUCAGUGACAAAUAAUGUGCAGUGACACACAGUGCCGGCCUGACAUAUAUCUGUUCUGAAUAACUUUUUCAUUGUUGCUGGGUUUCCCUGAACAUAUUUAAAGUGUUUGAAGUGACUCCAAGUACAAGCAGUGUCCACCUAACAGAGAGAUGGUUGAUAUUUGCUUCCUUCAUCAAAUGAAAAUAGGUUUUUAUGCUUGAAAACGUUGACAAAAGAUGGCAAAUAUGAGGGAGAAUCAGUUUUAACAACAUAUUGUCACAACUACAGCAAAGUUGUUUCAGCCAUAGUUGUUUUACAUUUUUGUGUACAAAGUUAAAUGUUCCUCCAGGGAUAUUGAAGGAAGUUAUUUUAUAUGAAGUUUAAACUUGACAAUUUAACAUAUGAAAAAUGUGUUUCACAAUAAUUUUUCUAGACAUUUAAAUUGAUUAAUUGAUGUGAACUUUGCCCCACUGGAUGCACUUUUUGCAGAACUUUCCACAUUAGAUCCAAUCAAAGCAAACUCUUUGAGCUUAUAGUUUAUAACCUGGCUAGCCUUGCCUCAUUUGUUCAGCUAAACGCUCCACUUAGACGAGACUGAGAAGAGUUUUAUCCAUAUAUUGAUCUAAGCUUGUCAAAGUCAGAAAUCCAGGAAGAAAUUUAACUGUAAAUUCAAACAUCGCUUGUUGAUGGUGUCAAACUUUAAGAAUGUAUGUUGUGAAGUUUUUACCUUCAUUUGUACAGGUUGCCUCAUUGAGAGUUUAUUUACACGAGAGCCCUGGUUUGAUCAGAUUGCAGUGCAGCGUGUUUGUGAGUUUUAUUCAAUGACCUGAUUACAUGCUACGGUCAUGAUAUAUUGUCAUUAUUAUGGCUAAAGUCACAUAUUGGUGUUUGAAAGAGUCUAUCUAAAGGUCAAAGAAAACAACGUGUAAACAUUGUCAAAGACAAAAUGUAAAAUCCUCUUUCUUUACAGUCAUAUCUGUAUAUUGCUGGAAGUAAAUAACAGUCCUUGUUAUAAAAGCAACACUUUGAUUAAAAAAGCUGUUCAGUAGGUUUUGAAUAAAUCCUAAAAGCUUA